UGGGCGCCAUAUAGCAAUAGCAUAGCAUCAAAUACAAUGACUUCGACUUAACUUGACUAUGCUGCUACAACAGCAACAGCAAAAGCAAUAAGCAACCAUCAACAGCAUUAGCUGCGCUACAGCUACACGAAUCGAAAACUUUUUCUUGGUCCUCCAGUUCCGGACGAAUCGUACGCCAGUGAGGUUGGCUUAUAAGCGCUUGAAUUAAUUAAGUUGUUUUCGUUUGUUUGUUAUACUGUAGCACCUCAAAUGUAAAAUUAGCUAUAUAGUUUCAAAUACGGACAAAGUAUAAAUAAAAGUAAAAAAUAAAUAAAAUAAUGGAAAAAAAAGGAAAUAAGAAAUUGCCUUAGUGAAACUAUAAAUUAAUUAAAUAAUAAAUUCUUAUAAGUUUUAAAUUAAAUUGAAAAAUAAACAAAACACAAAAAUUGGUGCAGACAGCCAUAUUUUUUGUAUGAAGCAUAAAAUAAAAACAUACAUUUUAUUUUACUUGUCUCUCGUCGUAUUUCUCCUUCUUUGAUGCUUGCAGCACCCAUCAUUUUCGCGCAGCCAUCAGCAGCCAGCAUCCACCUGAAAGGAUACUUUUUGAACCUGUGUGGAAUGCGAGAGUAUAUGCUAAAUCCAUAAGGAGAGAGCAAGAAAGAGAGUGAAAAUAAUACAAAAGAAAAAGAUACAUAUUCCCCAACUAGGACGGAUGCUGCUUCCACAACCGAGAGAGAUCCCCAAAAGAUACAAAAGUAUCUCAACUUUUUUUUAUCUGUUAAACACCAUUUUUCGCAUUUCUGUUGAAUCCUUCAGAAAUUGAAGUUUAUAUAUUCUAAGUGCCAGGUGUAUAACUAUCCAAGUUUUAUCCUUAAAAAUAAAGGAGAAUUAUAAAAUAAAACAAAGUAUUUCCCCAAACAAAAGAAAAUUUAUGUAAAUCCAUCUUUGUUUUUCGUGUCUGUCAUAGUGUGCGGUGCAUUUUUUGAUUAAAUGAAAAUAUAUUUGAUGCAAAUGUGUAACCAACCAUAAGGAAUGAAAUAAUAAAUUAAAUUUUGUGAAAAAGAGAGAGAACCACAGGAUAUAUAGAAAUCUAUCAAAGUGUGUUUAAAAAAAUCCAAUAAAAGAAUUAAUUAUUCUCAUUGAAAAUACAUUUAAAAAAAAGAUACAAUAGAAAACAAUAUCGAGUUAAGCCCAAAUAACAGAUACCUUAAAGGGUAUAACCAUAAGGAUUAAGCGAGGAUAUCAAGAAGGAUAUAUAAAACGAAUAUUUGGACAAGUAUCACUACUUUACCCACACCACCACCUGUGUGAUGUUAUUCGGGGUUCAAAUUGAUAACGACAAAUGUCGUCGAGAACGUGAAUCCAAUAAUCGUUUACCUAGUUCCCGCUUAGAUUUGCCAAGCUUGUGCAAUGCAUCGACGCGCACAACAGCCCGUUGCAUUGAUUCACAUAAUAAUACAACAACAUCAUCAGUUAUGACUCAAUUAAGUCCACAACAGCCAAAUAGCAAUAAUAAUAAUAAUAGCAAUAAUAAUAACAAUAAUGUAGGAUCACCUAUAUCAUCGACAACAACAACUGCCUCAUCACAUACAACUUCAGGUGGAUCAGGAAUGAUGACAGCCAUGUCUGCCAAAUCGAAUGGAUCUUCGUCAUCGUCAAGUAGUGUGGAUGGAAAGGGCGCUAGCAGGCCAAUGACACCAUCAGAACUGAUUAAAAAGUACAAUAGUUACUUGACGGAGAUGGAAUUUGAUGAACUGAAGACUUACAAUGAAAUUUAUUAUUUUGGCCAAUCGGCGAAUAAACUUCACUUUGCUAAAGCAAGUUGUGGUUAUGACGAUGAAAAUGGAAAUUAUAAAAUUGUUGAACACGAUCAUAUUGCCUUUCGUUAUGAAAUACUUGAAGUUAUUGGCAAAGGAAGUUUUGGACAAGUUAUCCGAGCAUUGGACCAUAAGACAAAUACACAUGUAGCCAUAAAAAUAAUUCGAAACAAAAAACGUUUUUUAAAUCAAGCUGUUGUUGAAUUGAAUAUUUUGGAUGAACUGAGAGAAAAAGAUGCUGAUGGAACACAUAAUGUUAUACAUAUGUUGGAUUAUACGUAUUUUCGAUCACAUUUGUGUAUUACAUUCGAAUUGAUGAGUUUAAAUCUUUACGAACUAAUUAAAAAGAACAACUACCAGGGUUUCAGUCUGAGUUUAAUAAGAAGAUUUUGUAAUUCGAUUGUUAAGUGCUUAAGACUUUUAUACGAGGAAAAUAUCAUACACUGUGAUCUCAAGCCAGAAAACAUCUUACUAAAGCAACGUGGCAGUAGCUCAAUCAAAGUCAUCGACUUUGGCAGUUCAUGUUUUGUAAAUCGAAAAGUCUAUACAUAUAUUCAAUCGAGAUUCUAUCGAUCUCCAGAGGUUAUAUUGGGCCUAGCCUACGGAACUGCCAUUGAUAUGUGGAGUCUAGGUUGCAUUCUUGCUGAACUCUAUACCGGCUUUCCGCUCUUCCCCGGUGAAAAUGAAGUAGAACAACUCGCUUGCAUUAUGGAAAUUCUGGGUCUCCCUCCAGAGGACUUAAUUGCCAGUGCAACAAGACGUCGUUUGUUUUUCGAUUUCCGUGGUAAACCUCGCUGCAUCACAAACUCAAAGGGGCGUAAACGACGCCCUGGUACUCGCUCUCUCUCCCAAGUUCUGCCCUGUUCCGAUCGAUUAUUUGUCAAUUUCGUUCGAGGCUGCCUGGAAUGGGAUCCCGCGAAGCGUAUGACUCCCGAUGAGGCAGCCCAUCAUGAAUGGCUACAAUUAAGCUCAACUUCAUCAUCAUCAUCGUCAUCGUCUUCAUAUAAAGUGUCAAAAUUAGGCAGUGUUCAUCAGACUAAAUAUUAUAACAUAUCAUCGCCGCAAAAUGCAAUCGCCAACAACAACAACAGUAACAAUAACUCAAAUAACAAUAUAAAUAAUAAUAAUCAUAAUCCGAAAAGCCAAAGAACAUCAAUGACCACAUCAACGUCAAAUCCACAAACAUCAAUCCUGCCCGACAUUAAAAUCUCCUCAAGCAACAAAUACGGCAGCAUGCAAAAGAUUGCCGUUCGAUCGAAAAUCACCAAUACCGGUCUGACGUCAUCAGUGUCCGAUCUCGAAUCCGUGCAACAAUAUUCCUUGCAUCGAAUGUAUCAUCAUCAACACGGAGGCGCCAGCCAUCAUGCUGAGCCAUCAAUGACCAUGAGCACAUCAGCCAGUCAUCGGAAACUUCUGACGACAAGCGGCACCAUUGCUCAUUCGUCAAAAUACAGUAUUUCGACAAAUAAUAAUUCAAUGGCUGCAGCGGCAGCAGCAUCAACAGCUAAUGCCAACAUGUCCCAUUCGCAAAGUACCGGCGAUGUGUCGACAAUAUUUGGGCGAGCAUGACGUGUACCACGGCCCACAAAGUUGGAGCUCAAGAAAUGCAAACUAGUCAACAUGGUGGAUUUGUGGAGCUAAAAGUGAAAAUAAAGCGCGCAUGUUGAAUGGCAUAGACAGAGGCGGCCAUUAAGAGUGUGGAACCUAUUUGGAACAUAAAUUUGUGUUUUUAUCUUUGAUAGUAGUUUUAGUUUUAAUUAGUUUACAUUUUGAUCGUGUUUUCUUCUUGUACACAAUAUUAAUAUAAAAUGAACAUACACAUUUUUUACAUAUACCUACAUAAAUAUUUACAUGAUAAAAACAAAAGCAACAAAAAUCAUAAAACUAGACUAGAGUGUAUCUGUGUAUUUAAUUUUUGUUAUAAAAAAAAAAACAUGUUAGUCGAAUUUAAAGAAAUAAUAAAAAUAAUACAAUAAAAUUUUGUAUUAGAUUUUUAGAAACAUAAUAUGUAUAUAAUAUACAUAUGUAUGCAUGCAUGUGUUUUUGUUUCGAAAUGUGGUAACAUGGGAUCAUUUUCUUCCAUUAUUCAAAUUUUAAAAAACUAUUCUACAUCCGUUUUGGUUUUUUUUUGUCAAUAAAACUAAAGCAAAAACCAUUAUUAAGAAAAAAUCAAUAAACUUAAAUAUGUAAUGUACUUGCAAAACAAAAAGUUACAAAAUUGUUUUAAAGUUAAAAAGUAAAAUUUUAGUAAAACAAUACAAUUAUAAUUCUGAAAGUUUCUCGUAUAUUUUAAGAAAUUUCAAUAGACUCAAACAAUUAGAAGUUAUAAAAACAACAACAUAAUAAAUUAAUUAUCAUUAACUAUUGACAUUUAUAGUCGAAACCAAGAAAAAAGAACAACAAUUUUACUGAUGAUUUUAAAAUGUAAAAUAUGUUACUGAAAAAACGGUGAUGAUUUUAUUAUAUAAAAAUUAAAUAUUAAAUUAAUUAUUAAUUCAAAACUAAACAAUAUUAAUUAACAACAACAAAAAAAAAACACUAUAUUAACAAAACAAAUAUUUAGUGCUAGUUGAUUAUAUUUUAAUAUUAGUUUAUAUUACAAAAAAAAACAAUAAACAUCAAUAAUUAGUUUAACAAUAAUAACAACAACAAAAACAACUACAUAUUUAGUUUUACAAUCAAUGUGUUUAAACAAAAUUGAAUUAAUAUUACAUUAUAAAACUUAUUAAUAGAAAUAAAAAAAGAAACAAAUAUUAAAAAAAACAUAAACAAUUACUGUGUAAGAAAUAGUUGUAGUCGUAAUA